UAUAUAGCUGUAAAAGAAGCAUUCGCGUCAUGUCUGGGCCUGCGGCAAACAAUUCUACUUGACUGACAUUUUUUUUUCAUACAUGGCAGGGCAUAUUCAGCCGCGUUGUUAGCUUUACGUCCGAAUAUUUUGAGUUUGGCGGCUGGGCUGGGGGUGAAAAAAGAGAGAGAUACUCAGCCGGAGUUUCCAGUUUCCUCCUCAGGUCAGAGCGGAGGGCGAAGGCGUGCUCCGUUACCAAGGCGACGGUCAGCUAACAGGGCUCGCUAACGGGGCUAAGCUAGCACCCGUAAGACGACUUCAUUGUCCCUUUUGACACCUCGAUGCGUUAAAAAUUCCUAUAUUCAAAGUUGACAUCGAAAUGUACUGUCCAGAUGUUAUGGAUAAUCGACUUACAUGCGGCGGCUGAGACUCAAAGGAAUGCACAGGUACAAAGUAAUCAAGAAAAUCGGGGAGGGUACAUUUUCAGAGGUGGUGAAAACUCAGAGCCUGAAAGAUGGAAAGUUCUAUGCGUGUAAAACCAUGAAGCAGACAAUUAACAGUCUGGAGCAGGCCAACAACCUGCGGGAAGUCCAGGCAAUGAAGAGACUGAGCCCGCAUGCAAAUAUCAUCCAGCUACAUGAACUGAUUUUUGACAAAGAAACCGGCACUGUGUCUUUGAUUUGUGAGCUGAUGGAGAUGAACAUCUAUGAGUUCAUCCAAGGAAGACAAACUCCACUGCCUGACCACACAGUAAAGCAUUACAUGUACCAGCUGUGCAAGUCACUUGAACAUAUGCACAGCUGUGGGAUCUUUCACAGAGAUGUGAAGCCAGAGAACAUUCUCAUCAAACAAAAUGUUCUGAAGCUUGGGGACUUUGGCUCAUGUCGGAGUGUGUACUCCAAGCCCCCCCACACGGAGUACAUUUCCACGCGCUGGUAUAGAGCCCCGGAGUGCCUGCUCACCGAUGGGUAUUACAGCUCAAAGAUGGACAUCUGGAGUGCCGGGUGUGUCUUCUUUGAAAUAAUGAGCUUGAAUCCCCUUUUCCCUGGAACAAAUGAGUUGGACCAGGUUGCCAAGAUCCAUGACGUAUUGGGGUCGCCAGACCAAAGUCUGCUCCAAAAGUUCAAGCAGUCUAGAGCAAUGAAUUUCAACUUUCCUCUAAAGAAAGGCACCGGCAUCUCACGAUUAAUCCCCAACUGCCCUGCUCCGGCUCUGUCGCUGCUCUAUCAGAUGCUCGCGUAUGACUCCGACGAACGCAUCACUGCAGAAACAGCCCUGCGUCACACGUACUUCAGGGAGAUCAGGAUGGCAGAGAAAAAAGCUGACACCCUUCACAGAGUUUCUGGGCCCAUGGAUGCAGUUGGGAGUAGUGGGACGCACGGCUCCUUAGAGCACAUGUGGCGCCCAACCCGGUUCGGCAAACAGCUGAGGGGAAGACACACAAGGCAAACACCUUUAAUGAGCCACAACAUGAAGCAUGUAGCAGAGCCCCUCAUCAGGCGGAAUGUCCCUCAUUAUCCCACAGAGCUGCCCAAGCUCAACAUGGUUAUACCAGGACCGCAGAUCUCCUUCCCAGUCUCCACUAUGCCUACGUUCACUGUCACUCACCGGGGCACACUGCCAGCCAUCACGUCCAAAAAGUGCCAGUCACAGUUGGCCAAGCCCCGGGAUGAGUCACACCGCGCAGCUUUCAAGACAUACUACAUGCCACCGCUGGAUAGGAAGCAUGGAGGUUACUGAGAGCCAAACAACACUUCAGCAUUUGAUUUCAAAUGGCCUCUUACUGUACUGAUUGAGAGAUUGUUGAGAGAACAGAACACACACAAACACACACACAAAAAAAAUGGAACAAAGACCACAGAGUCUGUCAACUUACCGGUUAUGACUGCUGCACUGCAAAACUGUUUAAUCCUCAUAGUAAUGAUGAAAUUCAAUGUGAUCUCUACACAAACAAUGCUAGAUUCAUAUUAGAGUCAUAUUAUGUUGGAUUGAGAAUGUGUUUAGUUAAUGACUUCAGUUUUACUUGACCUAGUCAGGUGUUAUAUGUUUACAACUGAUGAGAAAUAUACUUCAAUCUGAGCCUUUCACACAAGCUAAGCAAUAAGAUAUUUGACCAGCUGACAGCUGUUUACCCUAUGUGAAUUAAAUUCUGUAACAUGAUCAGCGCACUGGAAAAUAAUACAGUGGCUUUAAAAAGGUAUCACACCCUUUGGACUUGUUCCCGUCAUGUCAUUUACAACUUUGAAUCACAAAUGAUUAGGUGAGCUUUUCUGACACUAAUCAGCAAAAAUUCUCAAGUCAAAGAGAAGAUAAGUCUCUACAGGCAGAUCCACAUUAAGUGUAAAUUCAUGUAAGCAUUCAUCACCAUUUGUUGUGACAUACCUAAAAUAUUGCUGAUAUUCUUGUAGUUAGAAAAUGUCCAAUAGUACACAAAUCAGCAGUAAUUAAUCAGCUCUGAUUCAAAGCUGUCAAGUAAUAAAAUGUGAAAACUUCCAAGGACAGGGUUGAAUACCUUUCAAAGGCACUGUAUAUUGACCGUCUCUUUCCAGUAGCUGUGAAUCAGCUCCUUGGGACAAGAUGAUUUGAGGGGCAGAAGUCUUCCUGUACAAAAGUAGAACAGCAAAAACAUUCACAUUAAAUGCUUCACAAUUAUUCUAAACUACAGAAUUGCCAUUGGAGAAGUAAUUUAAAGGCAUAUUUCAUGAUCCAAUGUAAAUAAACAGCUACAUGUGGACUACACAGAAUUGUAACGAAACAAACAAAAAUGACUUUCCUUUUAGAUCAAUUAAGUAUGUGACACCAACUGUAUAUGGUCAAAGAUCACAGUUUGGGCCUUUAAAAGUCCCAAAUCAGAUUUUUGUUUUUUAUUGCUAUAUUAAAAAUGUAGCUUGGCAAGUACCUUCAUACCCCCUCACUUAAAGCAUUGCGGCUUAAAAAAAGUACCAUUUCAUUCAGAGCUGUGAGCUCAUUAAAAUGGACUGUGACUCAAUCUGCACUUUAUUGUAUUGGUUAUUGUGAUGCAUAAUCAGAGUAAAAAAAAAGUUGUCAAGUAUCAUUUGUAUGUUGUUGUCAUUAACCUGCAUUACAAAUACUUCACUCUCUUACAUAAUGUCUACACAAACUCCUGACGCAAAAACAAACUGAACAAAUGGAAGAGAAUCAUGAUUUUAAAAAAUGAAUAAUAAACUGGGAAAUGUAAAA